GACUGACUCAGACGAGAUCACAGCACGGAAAAAUGACGUCCUGUCAACAAAACUAACAAAGUGCAAAAGGUCCCUUACAUGAACAUACUGUGAACAGGCAUGCCCCAAAGUCCUACUGAGUAGCCAUUCAGCCACCAGUGCCCACAUACCGUUGUCCCCAUGACAACCCCUCCUCUGGCCCCAUUCCCUGGGCAACAGGCUCAGGCAGCACGGGAUGUGAACACAGCCUCACUAUGUCGAAUUGGACAGGAGACUGUGCAGGACAUCGUCUUACGAACCAUGGAGAUCUUGCAGCUGCUUAGAAACAUGCAACUGCCGAAUGGAGUGACUUAUCAUCCUAAUACUCAUCAGGACCGUUUGGUUAAACUGCAAGAGCACUUGCGGACGCUCUCUGUACUUUUCCGCAAGCUCCGUCUUGUUUAUGACAAAUGCAAUGAGAACUGUGCUGGUCUAGACCCCAUACCACCUGAGCAACUUAUCCCAUAUGUAGAGGAUGACAGCUCUAAACUAGAUGACCGUAUGGCCAAUCAAAUGCGUGCAGCAAGCGAAGAGAGGAGAGAAGUACUGGAAAUUAAUAAGAAACUUAAACAGAAGAAUCAACAGCUGAAGAUGAUUAUGGACCAGCUCAGAAAUCUCAUCUGGGAGAUAAACUCCAUGCUGGCGGUCAGGAGCUGAAACGCACACAAUUAUAGAAGUGAUGCACACUGUCACACAUAUAUAAGAUACACACUGUCACACUGAGGAUGCAGGAAAGAGUGGUGAGGUAUAAAAUUGAGAGAAGGUAGAAAGCAGAAAGACUGAACUUAAUAAAUUCUGCUAUGCUCAUAAUGCACACUUGAAAAGCCAUUCAGUUCUGCUGCCUUGGAUUCAAUUUUCAACCUGAUGAACAUUAGGAGGUCUGAGCAGUCUGCUCAUUCACUCGGAUACUUUUUAAAAUAAACAUUUUCCUCAAGUAUAUUCUUGAUAUUUGUAUGUGCGAUUCCUAUUUACUUCAAAAGGGAUAGUUCACCCAAAAUGAAAAUCCUGUCAUCAUUUACUCACCCUCAUGUCUUUUGAAACCCAUGUGAUUUUCUUUCUUCCAUGGAACGCAUAAAUGUUAUUUACAGCAGAAUGUCCAAGCUACUCUUUUCUAUACAAUGCAAGUGGUGACCAUGGCUGAUUUUCAGUGAAUAAAAACUUACAUUUCAGUCUGUUCCUCACCUAAAGCUAUCAUAUGGCUUCAAAAGACAUGAAAAAUUGUGUAUUAUAUAUUUUGUAUCCUUUUUGGAGCCUUACAUUCCCUGUUCCCCAUCUACUUUCAUUGUAUGGAAGAGAACAUUCUUCAAAACUUCUUCAAAACUCGUACGUGUUUGAAACAACAUGAAAUAACAACAUUUUCAUUUUUGAGUGAACUAUCUCUUUGUUAUAUAUUUCUCAUUCAUUAUAGAAAAAUAUAUAUACACUAAAGUUAUUGCUAUUACAGAUUAGUGUGGUGUUAAUAUACAAUAUCUAUAAAGUAUAAAGCUUUUAUCAGUGCUUGACCUGACUGCUUCCUUUUUUUAUUAACACACAUUUCCAAAGCGUUUUAUAAAUCUUGUUUUAUAUGAGCAUCUGCAUCUGGUUUAACAUAAAAGUGCCACAAAAACAGAAUAAA